AUCGUCAAACAAAAACAUUGAACGUGGUUAUCUUUCAUUGUUUACUGGCUGUAAAAUAUUUGGGAUUUAUUCUUUACAUUGUUUUUUAUUGUUAAAAAAUCCCAAAUCAUAGUUGAAAAGGUGCUCAAAAUAUUUUCCUUCUGUUUCUGCAAUAAAAACUGCAGGAAUAUCAUUUUAUACUACAUUAAUAUUAAUAUGUAAAAAAUUGAAACUCUAAGAUGAUUCUGGAAGAUAUAAAGGAAAUACUUAUAGUGACUGCCACAAUAAGCACUAUUCUCCAGUUUAUGUCUGGGAUGUUGGUUUGUCAAAAAUUCAUGAAAAAAGGUUCCACAGAGCAGGAGUCGGGAUUUCCGUUUAUCGCUGGAUUUCUGUCAUGCUCCCUAUGGUUUCGUUACGGUUUAAUGAUUGAGGAUCAAGCCACGGUGUUGGUUAAUUUUAUUGGAACAAUUCUUAUGUUCGCAUGCGUUGUAACAUAUUACCUUUUCACGCCAAGAAAAAAAGUCGUGAUGAGACAAAUGUUCAUAGUGCUAAUAGUAAUUGUUGUCACACAUUUAUAUGCAAGAUAUGAAGAAAAUACAAAGUUGGCAAUAAAAAGAUUCGGGCUCAUUACUUGUUGUACGUCCCUCGUAUUUUUCGCUGCUCCGCUUUCAAAUUUGUACCAUGUGAUAAGGAUGAAGAAUACUGAAACCCUACCUUUCCCUCUCAUUCUAAUGACUUGGGUGGUAUCUCUACAAUGGUAUACCUAUGGAGUCAUCAUCAAAAAUACUUUUAUGCAGUAUCCAAACAUGAUCGGCUUUGUUCUGGCGUCCUUUCAACUUCUAUUAUUUGCAAUUUAUCCAUCUUACCAAUCACCCAAUGUCUAUCUGAAGGACCAGUCAGCUAGAUUGAUCAUCCAAUAACAGUACAAGAGUGAGAGAAACAUGUUUCUAGGUGGUUGAAACAUGUUUGCAGGUGAUAAAAACAUGUGAUUAGUGAGAGAAACAUGUUUCUAGGUGGUUGAAACAUGUUUACAGGUGAUUAAAACAUGUGAUUUGGUGAUAUAAACCUUUUUAGGUGACCGUAAACAAGUUUUUAAGUUGUUGGAAACGCGUUUUUAGAAU